UCUCCGCGUGUGGUCGACGACAUGCGGAUGGAUGUUGGUGAAAGAUUCACCCUCCCAGGUUCUCUGUGGCAAGAUUGCCAGCUGGAAGCGAUGCGAUCGCUGCAUCACCCGUGGACCCUGGGACUGGCCACCGGAAAAACAAGUCUCGCCAGCUUCAAGAACUACGUCGCUCAGGAUGCCUACUUUUUGAGAGCGUUCGCGAAGGCCUACGCCUACGCCCUGGCCAAGGCGGAGGACGAGGAAGAUAUCCGUGCCUUUCACUCGCUGAUCGGGUCUGUGUUGGAGGAGCUUGGUCUUCACGCCUCCUACUCGGCGAAGUGGGGAAUUGACGUGGCGAACGUGAGAGCCAAAACGACUGGUGUUAAAUUGCAAAUCGGGUCCUGUACACCCCUGAAUUUCGGUCUAACAGGGGUGUGGAACGUUGUCCAUUGUCGUUUCGCCUCCGUAAAGCUGCACAGCGACUGGGCGCAUCUUUUGUAUCCCAUCAAUCAGGGAAACAAGCAAAUGCAGGUUUCGGCAAAAGAACUGGGAGAGCGAGCUAUGAAGCGACGCUCAUUUGCUGGUCUGUACCUGGCGAGCCUGCAGAUUGGCUUAUAUCGACGGCAGUUCCACCAAUGCAAUGUUAUGACAUUCGCCGACGUUCUGUCUUCCUUAUUUGUCGCUCAGGAGCUUCGGGAUGCCCUGCCGAAUUGGACAGAGAGCCCCUACGCCGAAUGGAUUGAGACCUAUAGCUCUGAAGACUUUGAGGAUGCUGCUGGCCUAGUGGAGUCACUUCUGGAUAAAAACUCGGCUGGGGCUGACUAUCCUUCCCUCUUUGCUCUCUGCCGCAAGGCCAUGGAAUUGGAGUUUGCGUUCUUCGAUGCGCAACUCGACGGGGUCACCGAAGCUGCCAUGCUUGAGCAGUCGGUAGGCGCAGAAGCAGGUGGUCGACAAGGCAUGAGUGUCCAACCGGGAGGGAAAGACGCUGGGGGUCGCGGGCGUUUCCGCGGCGUGCACGAGCGGCUUGCGCUGCUUUGUGUGGACUUCGAUGACACGUUGACCGAAGGCGACACCACCAGCCUUCUCGUGGAGACAGCCAAAGCUCAGCGGGAGACUCCAGAAGAUCGGGUGGAUCUCGGGCGCGAGUGGGUGCUUUUGACAAGAACAUUUUUGAGCAAGUGGAGCGAGACAAUUGAGGACAGCUUGUCCACCAAGCUCUCCACCACUGCGUGCACCACGAACGGUUCUGGAGCUGUCGACCGUGAAGGUUUGGAGUUGAUGCUGCGGAAGCUGGAGGUGGUGGACCUUGACUCGGCGUCUAGGGUUUCCGACAGCAAGGUGAGGGAGCUGGCACGAGAGAUCCGACGAUAUUUUCUAGCAGCAAUCAUUGUGCAAAGGGAACCUGGCGAAACGGCCUCGCCCCGCCUCGAAGGAGACUGCCCUGCAUCCGUCUCAUCCAACGACCUCGUAUUCGACGAGCAUGGGGUGUCAACAGGCGAGAUUGCUGUGAAGAUACCAGGAUCGUUCGGCAAGCAUCAGCGUUUCCUAGACCUAGCGGCGAUGGCCCGAGAAUCUGUCGCCAGCUCGGAGUCUUCGCCAAGACUCAUGACGGUCUAUGUGGGGGACAGCGUCACGGACUUACUGGCGAUGCUGGAUGCCGACGUCGGAAUUGUUGUUGGCAACAGUGGCAGCUUUGAGAGAGUAGCCCGCGCUUUCGGGAUUGACAUUCUUCCCCUCGCGUCCGUGUACGAGGCGAUGGAUGGCAGAGGGGAGUUGCCAACAACGGGGGCGCCGUUAGGCUCUGGACAGCGCGUAUACCGUGCUUCCCAGUGGACAGAGAUCGACGUGUUUUUGUUCGGUGGCGCAUGAAGGUCCCUCUUCAUUGAUGACAUUUUCCUCUUGAAACGGCUGGCCACUGUCA